UUCCGAGCAAAGCGAUAGGCACUUGAAUAGUCCAACUUUUAAUGUAUUCAGCCUGAACCUAGCCAGCAUAGCCUAUCCAGGCGGGCUAUUUGUUGACACUAGCUAUUCCUUUUCUGUUUGUCGAUUCUAUUAUAAUAUAUUUAUACCGACUGACAAUUUAGUCAACUCUGUAACGUUAGGCUGUCGAACAGAAUAUUACUGUGAGUCCCAACUUUUAAAGGAGGCUCACCUGGACAAGUGGGAAACUGUAUGGACCAGGCCUAAGAUGAAGAGCUUUAAAGCAAAGUUUAGGAAGAGCGAUGCCCAUGAAUGGAGCAAAAAUGAUGAGCGCCUCAUGGCAGCUGUGGAACAUGGGGAGGUAGAGAAGGUGGCCUCCCUCCUCACCAAGAAAGGAGCCAGCUCAUUCAAACUGGACAGUGAGGGCAAGUCAGCUCUCCAUGUGGCUGCCACCCGUGGUCAAACUGAAUGUCUGGCAGUCAUGCUGGCCCAUGGAGCGGACACAUCUGUCAUAGAUGCCUCAGGUUUUAGUGCUUUACACCUCGCUGCCAAAAACAACCAUCAGGAGUGUGCCAAAAACCUUAUACAGAGUAAAUGUGUGUUGGAUGCUCUGGACUGCUCAGGGAAGACAGCUCUUCACCAUGCAGCUGCCAGUGGAAACAUUGUGAUUGUCCAAACCUUAUGUGAGCGCAAGUGUCCGGUGAACGUCAGAGACAUGGAUGGCCUCAGCCCCCUGCUGCUGUCCGCCAGACACGCCCAUGCUGAUGUUUGUAGCAGCCUCCUGGACUGGGGAGCUGACGUCAACGCGUGUGAUAAGAACGGCAGGACAGCAGUGAUGCUGGCCAGUGAGAGCAGCAGUAUGUCUGUAGUGGAGGUUCUGGUCCAGAGAGGAGCUGCUCUUCAGGCUGUGGACUCUUUGGGUCAUGACGUUCUGCACUACGCCAAGCUGUCUGGCAGCAGUGAGAUCAGGGCCGUCCUCACUGCCGAGUUGCACAGUGCACACUCAGACAGCGACACCCCAAAGUCCCCCAAAACUCCUCAGCAUGAUCAAGUGGCUAGGUUAGGUGGCGAUCGAAGCACAACUCCCAAAAAACGAAAAGCACCUCCACCUCCCAUUAGCCCUGUGCAGAUGUCUAGUCCCAACUCUCCAGCGUACAUGACCCCAAAUGAAACUCCAGUCUGCAGUAAAAGUUGUGGAUUAAUAUUUAAUUAUAAGGAAGAGGAGUUGCGCGGCGUGUCUCAGGAGGUGGAGAAGCUACACGAGGAGAAGUGCAUGCUGCUGGAGACCAUUGAGAAACUGAAGCAGAUUGUGGACCAGACUGUGACUAUAAGCCAGACUGAGACGGAGCCGGGGCCGGAGCCCAAGGCAGAGGACUGUGGGAAGGCAGACUCAGCUCUGGUAGUAGCCCUACAUGCCAACAUUACAGCUCUGUCUCUGGAGAACCAGCAGUUAGCCCAAAUACUCAAGAAGCGUCCGUCUCCCCAGGGAGGUGAGGUUGGCCAAGAGGACUCGUCCCGCCCCAACAGUAUGAACUCUAAUGCCUCCUACCACAUCACCCACAAGUCCCCCAGCGAGCCCCUGCUCCAGCCCCAGGGGACGGAGGAGGAGGACAUGUCUGAGGGGUCUGCCCUGGAGCUCAGUAGCUCCUCCCUGAGACAAGAAGAGGAAGAGAGUGGGGAGCGGGGGAAGGGGGGAGGCGAGGAGGAGAUCCGACUGCUGAGGGAGACCCUAGGGAGAGUCCACUCCAAACUGCAGGAGACGCGGAAGGAGAACCGCACGCUCCAUGCCAGGCUCAAACCUGAGCAGGGGGAGGUGACAGGGAGGGAGGGGGAGAUGCUGCUGGAGAGUCUAGCAGAGCUCCAGGCCAAGCUGACGGAGACACAGGAGAAACACCAGCAGGCCAGAGAGGAGGUGCUGGCCCUCAUGGCACAUAUUGAAAGAGGAGGUGGUGGAGGAAGUGAAACGACAGAGCAAGAGCUCCAGAGACUGAGAAGCUCUCUGGAGCAGGAAGUGAAAGAGCUGAGGUCCCAACUGGCCCAGUCAGAGCAGCAGAGGGAGAGUGAUGUAGGCCGGAUCAGGGAGCAGGAGGCCAGGCUGAAGGCAGCAGACGACAGCGGUGAUCGGGAGAAGAGCCUGCUGGUGGACCGGUACAAGGAGGCGCAGGAGGAGAUCAGGAUGCUGCAGGAGGCUCUGAGGGGGACGGUCCCCGUGGAGGCAGCAGCUAAAGACUUUGAGGAGAUGAAAGGCGAGCUGGGGAGCGUGAUCGAUGGGCUGCAGCGCCGCCUGCUGGAACUAUCCAAGUCCUACAGUGAGGCCAAGAGUGAACUGAGCUCCACCAGGAACCAGCUGGAGGAGAUCCGGGCUGUCAAGUCUAAGCCUGGCAGCCCUGUAGCCUCCCCAGACAAGGAGCAGGCCAUGCUGAGAAGCAGAGUAGAGGAGCUGCAGGCAUCGCUAGCCGACACACAGAGCAAGUACUCAGCCUCUCUGGAGGAGAUUGCCCUCCUGAAGCAAGAGGCUGAGGCUCAAGAGUCAGUGGCGUUAUCUGACCACACCCAGGUGGUGUCCUCUCUGGGCAGCGCCAUCAAGGACUUGGAGGCCCAGGCAGAUGCUCUAAGACAACAGCUGUCCCAGAGGACCCUGCAGGUGGACACCCUACAGAACAGACUGACCAUGGAGAAGGACCACACACCGGACGACUCUAUAUCACGGCUGGAGCACGAGCAGAUGAGAGAGGGCCUGGAGAAGGAGGAGGGCAACCUGACACAGCUCCUCCAGGGGGCCCUGAGGAAGCAGGAUGAGAUGGCUCUGGAGGCGGCUGCAGCGUGGCAGGAACUGAGAGAGGGGAGGAGUGAGAGGGAGGCCCUGCAGGAGCUGGCCAUCAGCAGGGAGAAGGAGAACCACACUCUGAGCACCAAGCUCAGAGAAGCCCAGGAUGCAAUCGUUCAGCUGAAGAAACUGGUGGAGGAACAUGUCAGCUCAGAGAGAGAGAAGAAUAAGAAGAUUGAUGACCUGUCGAGAGAAGUGGGGAAAUUAAAGGAUGCCUUAAACAGCCUAUCCCAGCUGUCUUACAGUGCAGGCUCAGCCAAGAGACAGCAGACCCUGCAGCAGCAGCAGCUGGACAACCUACAGCAGCAAGUCAAGCAGCUGCAGUACCAGCUAGGGGAGUCAAAGAGGCAGCACCAUGAGAUAGUGUCCGUCUACAGGAUGCAUCUCCUAUACGCCGUCCAGGGUCAGAUGGAUGAGGAUGUUCAGAAAGCCUUGAAGCAGAUUCUGAUGAUGUGCAAGAUGCCAACAGAAGCCAAAUUAAGCGUCUGAAAUGGAACAGCCUAUCUGUUUACUGACCAUGCGGGAGAGGAGACUCAAGGAAACUAUAUCCUUGGUCUCCUAACCUAUCUGAUCUAUCACACUACAGUGCACGUGUGCCCAUCAAAAGCAAAGAUAAUGAUAAAACAUUUAAAUAAAAUACAUUCUUCAUCUGUCUACAAAUGAUGUCAGAGGGGACCUAUAAAGACUUGUUGUCAAUAGAUUCGACAGCCAUCCUAUCUUUGAACUAGCAGUGUUCGUUUUGUAAUGUUUUUUAGUUUUCUAGUCUGGCUAACACCUAACUCGAAGUCCUUCUGACUUCACAGUCUGAAAAGGCUAUUUUGAUGUUGUCGGCACGACCACUCACAGCCCCUGAGCGCCGUCCCUUCCAAUACAACUGUUGGAUUUUCAAAUCCAAACAACGUGAGGUCUCAACCCCCCAGGAAAGAAGCCAUUUUUGAGAGAACCAAUCAAAGCUCAACCCAUUUCUGCGCAAAUACUGCAUUCACAACAGACUCCUCUCCAGACCAUUGUGUCACAGCUCUCUUUCGGCUGUGUACCAUGUGAGUCGCGUCAGCCAGGCUAAUGGUUUUCAUGAUAUAAUCAAAAUGACUUUUUAGAUCUCUGCAUGCAACUUCCAAAAUCAACAAAAGAAGAACACUGCUAAACGCUUUAGCGACAC